AUGUGCAGAGAUGUCACUAUAACCUGCUCAGCUCUCACUCCCUGUCCACACUCCCCUCCUCAACUCACCUGGAAUCUCCAACAAGACUCUCACAACAAAAUAGAGCAAAACACAGAUGGAAGCUUUACAACUAAAAUCCAGCAGAACAUCACUCUGUCAGACACACAUGAUGGAAAGAAGAUCAGCUGCUCUGCCAGAUAUCCUGUGAACCAAGGAAACGACACCAAGACAGCAGAGACAGAAGAGACUCUCAGUGUUUCAUAUUCUCCUAAAGACACCUCAGCAUCCAUCAGUCCAUCAGGUUUGGUGUCAGCAGGCAGCUGGGUGAAGCUGACCUGCUCCAGCAGAGCCAAACCUCCAGUCAGCAGCUUCACCUGGUUCAAGAAGAGCAGAGAUGGAGCUGUGAAAGUAUCUGAAGGAGAGAUUUACAGCUUCAAUGUAACAGAUGGAGGAGUUUAUUACUGUGUGGCCACUAAUGAUCUGGGUAAUCAGACAUCAGCAGAGAUUCAUGUGGCUAUUAAAGGAUUCCCACUCUGGUCAUUUCUUGGAGGAAUCCUUGGGAUGAUGUUACUUUGCUUGAUCAUCUUUGUUUGGUGCUUAAAGUCAAAGCAUCAAACUCAACAACAGACUCAUGUAAGAAAAUACUCAACUUCUCUAAUCAAAAGUGAAGAGUCGGUUGUUGAAGAACCAGCAAGUAAAUCAGAAGGAGAAGAAGAAAACAUCCAUUAUGGAGAGAUCAGCUUCUCUGUGCUGAGAAAUGAAGCAUCCUCUGACUCAGUGCAGGACAGAGGACAGCAGCAGGAUACAGUGUAUGCACAGGUGAAAGUCAACAAGCCAAAAAACACAGAGCGUGCUGAUGGCCAAGGGGAACUGUACGCUGAGGGCGCCAGUAAAUGGGUGAGUUUAUAUGUGGUGAAAUAUCCGGCGGCUGCUGUGAAUAAAGAUUCUCCUUGGAGGCCCAAUAUUACAAUCCCAGGUGAUCUGAAGGAGAAGGAGUCUGUCACUAUAACCUGCUCAGCUCUCACUCCCUGUCCACACUCCCCUCCUCAACUCACCUGGAAUCUCCAACAAGACUCUCACAACAAAAUAGAGGAAAACACAGAUGGAAGCUUUACAACUAAAAUCCAGCAGAACAUCACUCUGUCAGACACACAUGAUGGAAAGAAGAUCAGCUGCUCUGCCAGAUAUCCUGUGAACCAAGGAAACUACACCAAGACAGCAGAGACAGAAGAGACUCUCAGUGUUUCAUAUUCUCCUAAAGACACCUCAGCAUCCAUCAGUCCAUCAGGUUUGGUGUCAGCAGGCAGCUGGGUGAAGCUGACCUGCUCCAGCAGAGCCAAACCUCCAGUCAGCAGCCAGCAAAUUUUGUCUUUUGUCCUGCCCAGCAGGACCUCAACUCGGCUGACCAGCAAGGAGCCCAAGGGCAAAGAAGAUGAGACCAAGGUGCCAGGCCAUGAACAGAAGGGCAAGAAUGAUAAUACAGAGGAGCAGGUGCUGUUCAUGGGGGAGGAUCAGAUGGACCCAACACUGGGCUCCAAGUCUCAAACCCAACCCAGGAAAGAUGAGGGAAGAGGAUGA